AUGGCUUAUUCUUCCCUGCUGCGCCGUGGCCCAGGGUUUGCCGGAUUUUCGAUUUCUGGAAAAUGGAGUCGCGACUGUAAUUGGUCUUGUCGGAGAGGCAUGAGCACAGCGGCGCUGGUGUCGCCGGAAAAAAUCAAUACAUCUUCUUCUCCUUGGCUGAUCCUGCGACCCGUAUAUGAAGCCGGCGCCGCCUGCACGGCCGCCACCACGUUGACUUACAAAUUCUACAAUCUGGCCGAGAACAGGGUCGAGACCCGGCGGGUCCCACAAAUACCCAGCGACCUGAGUUUCCGGGGUUCUUCCGGCGGUGGCUGGGUAUCCCUUGUGCAGCCCGAAACCCACGAUCUGUUACUCUACAACCCCAUAUCUCACCGCCGCAUAAAGCUCCCACCUUCCUACCGCCCGUCUGUUGAUCUAAACAGCGCACCCAUUCUCCAUAAGUCCUUCCUCACCUGUUCUCCCGACACUGAAAAUUGUGUGGCCGUGAGCCUAACUUACUGUGGGGCUUGCAUGGCUGUGUGCUGCCCUUUGUCCAGUGACGAUUGGAAAUGGUUCGGCACAAAUUUCAAAGACAACUAUGAUUUGGAUUGCGCAAAUUCCAAAGACAACUAUUAUAGAGAUUGCGUCUACUCCACAACCCAACACACGCUCUUUGCCCUCACCGACAAUUUCCAAUUGGAGGCUUGGGACCUGACGGCUGCGUCCCCGAAAUUGAUACGAAUUAUCGGUGAGUUUAGUAAUAUCCUCAACCAUGAAGAGACGAUGAUGAAGAAGAAAGAGUUGAUACAGUCUAGAGACGACUUGACAUGUUGGCAUUGGUACCAUCUGGUGAUUGCCGGAGAGGAUCUCCUUGUUGUGACUCAUUACGUCGUGGAAUCCGUUAACUCGGAUGGUGUGUAUUUUGACUAUUACUUAGAAGAAUCACCUUCUGACCUCUCGUCCGCCACUAUUGACUUUGAUGUUCAUAGAUAUGAUCCGAAGGAUGGGGAUUUAAAGUAUGUGGAAGGUUCGUGUUUGGGUGGUUGGGCUCUUUUCGUUGGUCAGUACAAUCACUCUGUUGCGUUGCGUGCGCGUGACUUCCCAGAGCUAAAGCCCAACUCCAUUUACUUUACGGAUGUUAAAUCAGAUCCUUGGGAACGUAAUGAUGGUGGGAACCAUGACAUUGGCAUCUUCAGUUAUGAGGACAAGACUGUGUCGCCAUGCUAUUAUCCAUGCGAUCCUGCCAACUUAAAACCGAUUUUCCCAGAGCCCAUGUGGUUUUUCCCGAGCUAG